AUGCUAGAAAGACAAGAAAGCAGCAAAUUGCACCUCAUAAUCACAGAGCACACGGAGAAGGAGCUCUUAAAGGACGUGCCAAUCAAGCAAGGAAAUUUUGAUGAAGUCGCCUUUUCCAGGGUUGGAACUGAACCUGAGAGACGAGACUGGGCUGAAAGAAACAUCUUGGAUAGUGACAGCUCUCUGUUGAGGAAAGUGACUCAACCAGGUUUUCAAAAUUCAUUUCUACAAAUCAUAGUUCCAGAGAAAAUUCAAGCAAAUACAAGUAAUUCAAAAAUAGAAAAUGAACAGAUAUCCUAUAUUAUUCCAAUAGAUGAGAAACCAUAUAUUGUGCACCUUAAGCAAAGAUUAUUUUUAGCAGAAAACUUCAUGGUUUAUUUGUAUAAUCGAGGAUCUUUGACUUCUCAUCAUUCAGAUACCCAGACUCAGUGCUAUUACCAAGGAUAUAUUGAAGAACAUCCAAAUUCUGUUGUCACACUCAGCACAUGCUCUGGACUGAGAGGAAUACUACAAUUUGAAAAUGUUUCAUAUGUAAUCGAGCCUCUGGAAUCUGAAGUUGAAUUUCAGCAUCUUCUUUAUAAAUUAAGGAAUGAAAACAAUGAUUCUACAAUUCUUACUGCAAAUAACAAAGGCAUAAAACAAAAUCCAAUGGACUAUAACAUUUUUAUAAGUGGAAAGGCAGAACCAGCUGUUUCAGAUUUAAUUCCACUUUAUCUAGAAAUGCAUAUUGUGGUGGACAAAAUUUUGUAUGAUUUCUUGGGCUCUGAUGGCAUGAUUGUAACAAGUAAAGUCACUGAAAUUAUUGGCCUUGUAAAUUCGAUGUUUGCCCAAUUUAAAGUUACUAUUGUGCUGUCGUCACUGGAGUUUUGGUCAGAUAAAAAUAAGAUUUCUACAGCUGGAGAGGCAGAUGAAGUAUUAUAUGCAUUUUUAGAAUGGAAACAGUCCUAUCUUACCCUAAGGCCUCAUGAUAUUGCUUAUCUAUUCAUGUAAGAAUAAUGUUUCAGUAUUCUUAGAAAGAAAACAAAGAUAUGUGAUUAUGAUAUAGCUUAAUUUAGGGGAUUGUUAUUCAUUUCUGACUUCACACUUUGAUUAAUCAUUAUGUACUUUUUUCAGGCCGUGUAUUUUCUUUCUUGUUAUCAGAUAAUAAAGAUUGCUAAAAUUUAUUUUUGUGCUUAUCAAACCUUUACCACUGAGGAGAUUGAUAUUUCAUGAAGCUGAACCACCUUAGGAAUCUUGGAUCUAGUAGCGUAUGUAGUUUGAACCCACAGUUUGUAACUCCAGAGCCCAUAAUCUUAACUACUACAUAAAGAGAGGGGAUUUGUCUUGUGAAGUUUAUGUUUCUGUUAAGAGUUUUUAUCAA